GCCCUCCCGCCCGCGCGCGCCUAACGGUCCGCGCCCGCCGCGCCGCCGCCCCGCGCGGGAGGAGGAUGAAGGAGAUGAAGCAGCGGAGGAAGAAGGAGCGCACGUGGGCCGAGGCCGCCCGCCUGGUGCUGGAAAAUUACUCUGAUGCUCCCAUGACCCCAAAGCAGAUUCUACAGGUCAUCGAGGCUGAAGGACUAAAGGAAAUGAGCGGCACCUCUCCCCUGGCCUGCCUCAACGCCAUGCUCCAUUCCAACUCCCGGGGAGGUGAUGGGCUCUUCUACAAGCUGCCUGGACGCAUCAGCCUUUUCACCCUCAAGAAGGAUGCCUUGCAGUGGUCUCGGAAUCUGUCUGUGCCGGAAGGAGAGGAGCUGGAGGAUACGGCAGACGCAGAAAGUUGUGAGUCCAAUGAAGCAAGCACUGUGAGUGGUGACAAUGAUGUGUCUCUUGAUGAAACCUCCUCUAAUGCCUCGUGUUCCACUGAGUCUCAGAGCAAGGGACCUGCUACGACCAGGGAGAGCCACCGAACUGCAUCCCAGGCAACCAAGCAAAAGAAAAAGACUGGUGUAAUGCUGCCACGUGUUGUCUUAACACCACUGAAAGUAAACGGGGCACACAUGGAGUCUGCCUCUGGCUUCACGGGGAGGCACGCUGACGGGGAGAGCAGCAGCACAUCCAGCAGCAGCAGCAGCUCUCUGGCCCUCUGCAAAGCCACCUUGCGCAGUAGAACAGAAAUAAACAGGGACCCUCCACAGCUUCUGAGGGGGAUCAGGAAGCCCACUGCUGGGCAAAUGAAACGCAACAGGGGAGAGGACAUUGACUUUGAAACACCUGGCUCCAUUCUUGUCAACACAAACCUGCGAGCUCUGAUAAACUCCAGAACCUUCAAUGCUCUCCCAUCACACUUCCAGCAGCAGCUUCUCUACCUCCUUCCAGAAGUUGACAGACAGGUUGGGGCUGACGGGCUGAUGCGGCUCAGCGGCAGCGCACUCAAUAACGAGUUCUUCACCCACGCGGCGCAGAGCUGGAGGGAGCGCCUGGCUGAUGGUGAAUUCACCCAUGAAAUGCAAGUUCGAAUUCGGCAGGAAAUGGAAAAGGAAAAGAGAGUGGAGCAAUGGAAAGAGAAGUUCUUUGAGGACUACUAUGGACAAAAGCUGGGCUUGACGCAGGAGGAAUCCCAGGAGCAGAGCCUGGUGCAGGAGGAUGCUGAGAACAGGACAGGGCUCUCUGCUAAGGGGGAGGCGCGGCUGCCGCGCGGGCCUUCGACGCGGCAGAGGGACGGGCACUUCAGGAAGCGCUCCCGGGCUGACCUCCGGUGCCGGGCCAGGAGGAGCCUCUACAAACUGCGGGAGCCGGAGCAAGUGGAGGCUUCCAAAGAGGCUGUGGGACAGGAACCCUCAGCCCAGAAAGAGACAAAGCCUGAGGCAGACCCGCAGAAAGCCGAGCCGAGCCCUUCGCCUGCGGCGCUGAAGGCAGAGAGCUCCCCUCUGCCCCUCUCUCCAGAGCCUUCCAAGGUGCACAGUAAAUCGGAAGAUCCAUCGUUGGCAGCUGCAAACAGGAUUCCCAGCUUGCCCCAGGAGAACUCUGCUCGGGAGCCCAAGGACCAGAAGAGGAAAUGCUUUGAGGAGGCUGCCUCCGCGUCCUUCCCCGAAAAGAAGCCCCGGCUUGAAGAUCGUCAGUCCUUUCGUAACACAAUUGAAAGUGUUCACCCAGAAAAGCCACAGCCUACUAAAGAGGAGCCAAAGGUCCCACCCAUCCGGAUUCAACUUUCACGUAUUAAACCACCCUGGGUGGUUAAAGGUCAGCCCACUUACCAGAUAUGCCCCCGGAUCAUCCCCAGCACGGAGCCCCCCAGCCGCGGCAGGGCCGGGGCCCGGACGCUCGCUGACAUUAAAGCCCGGGCCCUGCACGCCCGAGCCCAGCGCGAAGCCGCUGCCGCCAUCGGGGGUGGAGGGGGCCCCGGUGGGGGGAGAGGCCCCGAUGAAGGAGGAGGAGGAGGAGGAGGAGAAGCCGGCGGCCGCGCCGGGCACAGGAGGUCAAAGAGAACUCAUGGAAAGCGUUCGGCAGAUCUACAGCGAGCACAACUACUGCCGCCUGCCCGCGUGAGCCGGGGCAAGGCUGAGCCUGGUGGGGCUGCUCGGGAGGCUGCUGCCCGUGCCCUCCUCGCGUCGAGACAAGACUCCUUCUCCUCGAAGAGCGAGGGCAGUGGUGCCGGUGCUCGCUCAGGGGACGGCUCACCCCAGGGGCAGUUCUAUGGUGCUUUGCCUGGGUCAUCCUUGAAGGAGGAGAGCCCUGAGCAGCCCCUCUGUGACCCACGGACCGAAACCCCAUCCUGUGUUGCGUCACAGGAGGGGCAAAGAGCAACGCUGAAAAGCGUGGCUCCUGCAGUGAACGGUGUGUCGUGCUCUCGGGUGCAGGGAGCUGUGAUCAGCCCUACAGGCGACGGGGCUGGGUCAGGACUCGGGGGUGCUGCUGCCCCUGCCUUGCAGCUGGGUUAUCAUGCUGACGUAAAGGAAAAUUCCCCCGGUUGUCCUGCUCGCCUGCCAGCACCGUCCUCGGGCGGCAGCGAGCGCCACGAGCCAGGCAUGGUCUCCAGGUUCAGAUUGAAUGGCUCUGAAACGUUUGUGGGAAAGUGUGUCAGUGAUAGAGCUAGCUCCAAAGCAGGGACUGCUGGAGCGGAGGGGGCCAGCCCUGCGCCGGGGGACUUGGCACAUCUGCAGGCAGAGGAAGGCAGCGAUGGCAAACUGAGCAGUGGAGAGCAGAAUGCAGAGCCCAUGGGGAGAGCCUCUGUACACGGAGACUUUGUUUCUCAGAACAGGAUAGACUCCUCUGAAACACCUGAGCAGCCGAGGGAGAGGAGCCCCCCAGCAGGACCAGAAAACGCACUUCAGCCAUUGAGGGAGACCCAGGAGCUCAAGAGAAGUGGAGAUGAGGAAGUGCAGAGUACACACAGUGAAACGACAGACACUGCUUCAGACUUUGAAGGUGACGUAGCUGGUGAGAGCGAGGAGAUGGAUGGAUGCUUCAGAAGCACCCGCUGCAGGGAGGUAGCUGGGGAAGACUCCUCCUGCCAUGGCAGCACUGGGAUAUGUAAUGGGGUCAGAUCAAAAUCAGGGGCAGACAACCCGGGCUGGGUCGGGGACCUCCCUGCAGUGACAGUGAUGGGCACUGGAUCUCCAUCCCCGAGACAGGGACCACACACCCCACUGCCUCAGAAAGCAGCUUCUGCUCGGCCCAUGUCCACUGCUGAAACCAGCAACCCUUUGGUGACGCAGCUGCUAAAGGGGAGCCUUCCUUUGGAGGAGGUUCUCCCAGGAUCUCACACCAGUGUCAAGCUGGAAGCUGCGCAGCCACCCCUGGACAAGCCAUCAGAGACCCUCUCCCUGGAGGUGGAGAGAGGAGGCAGUUGCUGUUUUGGAGCAGAAUCUCCACAUACAGGAAUAAAGACGAGUGCCCUGAGCAGGAGCGAUGACUUCCACUCAAUGAGAUCUUCCACAGAUCCCCAGGAGAGCAAGUGUGGAUCAGGGGCACCAUUGCCUGCAAUAGAGGAUGUGGAAGUUCGGUCUGUUCCAGAGAAACAUUCCAAAGCUGGCUCAGCUUUAAGCUGCCAGGAGCAGCUGGCAACUGUGGGAAGUGCCUCUCCGAAGCCUGAAGAUCCGGGCCCUCAGGAAAGAACCUUUUCUUCCUGUAGCUUUGAGGAGCAAAAGGAGUUGCCCAAGGUCCACCGGGUGGCCCAGCACAACCCCUUAGCGAGCAUCACCACAAAUACAAGCGCGGAGGGGUUGAACACCUCCACCGAAGCUCGGUUUUUGUCUCCAGCUGUAACUUCUCUUGGUCCAAAUCAGACAGGAGGUGCCUCGGCCAGCACAAACUAUGCUGGAGUUCAAGGCAAAAAGCUCUUUGGUCCUGGUUUCCCUUGCAACGCCAGUGUUAGACUGCACCACCCCAGGGCUUUGGACCAAGCUCCAGCCAUAGGAACCUUGUCCCCCAGCAAACAGACUCCGGACAAGAGCUGUGCCCCAGGGGAGGGAAUGCCGGCUGCAAGGGAGGAGUGGGCUCCAAAGCAGCACCCCAGCACCCUGGGGGGAAGGAGGAAUGAGAACGUGGUGGGAGGCAGCCCAGGCAAGGGGAACGCAGAGAACCAGAAGGGGCUGAGUGAGCCCUUGCCGAGCGUCCCGCUGGGAGCGGACUUGCCGUUCUUGAGGUGUUCAAGGGAAGCAGCAAAAGGCCACGGUCACCCUUUGGAGCCUUCUUCCAUCCCCUCGCAGCUCAAUAUCAAACAAGCAUUUUAUGGGAAGCUUUCGAAGCUGCAGCUCAAUUCCACCAGCUUUAAUUAUUCAUCCAGCGCUCCCGCUUUUCCCAGGAGCCUGGCUGGAAGCGUGAUGCAGCUGAGCCACAAAGCGAACUUUGCUGCGAGCCGGAGCUCGGCCCUGUCUGUGCAGAUGUUUGCUGACAGCAGCAGCGUUGACGAGAUCUCCUUCAAGUGCUCCUGCAGCCUGAAAGCCAUGAUCAUGUGCAAGGGCUGCGGCGCCUUCUGUCACGACGACUGUAUAGGACCCUCCAAGCUGUGUGUAUUGUGCCUUGUGGUGAGAUAAUGAAUUAUGGCCAUGGGACAGGUUGUAUAUUCAGUGUGUGUAUUUUGAUAACGGCUGAUGCUAAAGCCUGUACACAAAGUACUAUUCUGUUUAUAGUAGAAAUGCUACUACACUUUGUUGCAGUGAGGAACGUUGACUUGCCUUCCCACGAAGAUCUCCAGUGCAGAACCCUUUGGCUCAUGGUUACACUCCGGUCGCGGUGGGCUGCGUCCCAUCGGAUCCAUCCUCCUGCUUCCUGCUGUCAUGGAGAUGCCGACGGUGUCCUGGUGCCCAUGCUGAGGCGAACACCCAAGGGAGAGGCAGUUUGUGGCAACCCGUGAGCCCUCCAUUGAGGAACUCGUUGCAUCCAAAGGAACUGGAACAGGAUGUUUCUGUUUCAGGGCUGUGCUAGGUGAGGCCCUGCAGUCUUCUGCUGUCCCCUUCUGCUGUCUCCAUUCUCAGUGUGCUGGGAGGCACUGCUGGGCCCUUGGUGCAAGCGGAGCUGCUCUGCAGGGACAGUCCUCAGUGGUCUUUAGGUGCUACAGCAGAGCGUGGUGCCCACCAAAGGAUGCUGCAGGCGGCUGCACAGUAACCAAGCACUGCACGGAGCCCAUGGAGGGUGCAAGAAGAGGGGGGAAAAGAAAGAAGUAAAAGCAUCAGGUGCCAACCAAACACCUCUGCUCUGCGGGGCUGAACUCCUGUCCUGGUGCUGUGCCCGUGCCCUGAACUGGUGUGAAGCCGUGGAGGUUCCCAGCAGCUGGGUCCUGCGUUGAGGCCCUGAACGUGUGAGCCCUUGCAGGCGCCCCCGUGAUCCGUGUGAGCUCCAUCAGCAUGGAAAGCAGUGGGGUUUCCUUGGUUUUGGUUUUUUUUAUAUAUUUUCAUUCUUGGAUGUAUAAAGUGAAUUCUUUGGCUCCUGUAAGUACCCUCUAUGCAUCUGUUUGAUCAUGUAUUUAUAUGUUGUACACAGUACUGGGCAACUCUGUAAAUGGUUGUAAUGUACAUAGAACAUAAAGGGUUCUUUUUGUUUUCCUUGGAUUUCCAGGCUCUCGGCAGUAUUGCAUUAAAGUGGUGUUAGUUAUUAACCUGC